AUGUUACUGAUUAGAAAACUCAGCCCAACAGAUCACAAGCAACAAUUAGCUGGUUUACUACAUGACAUUUCACAUACAGCUUUUAGCCACUUGGUUGAUAUUAUUUUGGAAAAUAGAAAAGAUGAUUUCCAUGAAACUAUUUUGGAUAACAUUAUUCAAGCUCCAAAUGAUAAGUUUAUUAAUUAUAUUGGAAAUUCUCUCUCCCUUAUGGAUAUUUUGAAAGAAUUUAACAUGCAAGAUGUUGUUGAAAAUUUAAAACUGGACACUUACACAUUAUUGGAAAAGGAUUUUCCAAUGCUUUGUGCAGAUAGAAUUGAUUAUACUCUAAGAGAUUCUUAUUGUUACAAAUUGUUAAAUUUCACUCAAGAAGAUUUUUCGAAAAUGGUGUCUUCUCUUAAAAGAAUUGAAUUUGAAGAACAGGAAAUCAUUUCUUUUUCCAUUGAGGAUUUGUUAUCUGCUGAACUUUUUAUGAAAGUUUAUAAGGUGUUAGUGGUUGAUUUUUUCCUUGGUCUCCCCAAUUUAUUUUUCAAUGAUCUUGUUGGAGAUUUAUUGAGAGAAUGCAUGAAAAUUAAUAUAAUUACAAUUGAAGAUAUGAUUUGGGGAGAUGAUUUAUAUUGUCUUGGGAAAAUUUUUAGCCCUACCCAACCUAUUUUGAAUCAAAAAGUAACAGAAAUUAUUAAUACUUUGAAAUUUAGAGCAAACAUUAUUUCAACACAAAAUGAAUCAUUAAUCGAGCAAGAUAUUAUCCAAAACUAUGUAGAGAUUGUUAGUGACCCAUCAGAAAGUGACUAUUUCCCAAAAAGAAAAAAGAGGGUGGUUGACUUUAAGGUCCAACAAACUGAUGGGAAGUUAGAAUAUAUUUCAGAAUGCUCCAAUUUUGCUAAAAUUAUGUUUAAUGAAAUGAAUAAUCAAGAACAAACACUCCUUCCAAUGAAACGUAGAACAACGAAAUAA